AUGACCUUCUGGCAUGCACCUUGGGUCUCAGCUGCGACUCUUCUGGUCGUGGUGAUGAUCGUCGACGGAGCGCUGCUCCAGCGAGCAAGCUCGGUCAAAGCGACUACACUGGCAGAAGAUGUCCGCUUGAGUAUUCUGCUCACACCGGAGCUCGCCCAUGGCUUCUCUGGACAGGAGGUGGCCAACGGCAUGGCUACCAGCGACGAGGCGACAAGAGUAUUCAACGACUUCAUGGACGAAGCGCCGAUGAUGACGAACUUCACGGGCUGUCAUCAAGGAUCAAAAUGCACUGGAACGAUUCGGGCCCCUGGUGUCACCGCUUCUCAUUGCAACCACACGACCUGGCCUAUUACACCCGAAAUGCUACAUAGCGCCAAUGCUUCCUGGGGUACUGUACAUAAGGUUCAAAACAAUAAUGGCUCCUUGGAACACAUGGGAAUAUCCAAAAGCAUCCAAAACCCCAUCUUCACAAUUGAAACUUUUGUCAUGGUCACCACGGACGACGAGUCGUUACCAGAAGGCAUGGGCGUGACAACCGGAAUUGCAGGAUGGACACACCUCAACGGGCACUUUGUCCUGCGCGACUGCGCUCUAACACCAUCAAUCUUGGAGUAUGAUGUUACAUUCGACUCUGGGAGGAUCGUCCCACCCUCCGAUAUGUCCGAAGCUCGUCUCGUCGCCUUUGCGAACAACACUGAGCGAUUCUCGCUUGCGCGCACUGGUCCAACGGAAACUCAUCCGGCGACCAUGGACGCUUUCAGCAUCUUCAUGAGCACCAUCGUGGAGGCCGAAGGUCUCGCGUCCUUCAGCUUGCCCUCACCGCCCGGGCAGACGUGGCAAACAAACUCAGACUCGAUGAACUCCUACAUGGACCAGUUCGUCAAUUGGGAUGCAGGAGCAAACAACCUGGCCUUUGACGAUCCAUUACCGGACAUCAUGUCCAAGAUGAACAACAUGAUGAUGCGAGCAGGUCUCAUCUCCGCCCGCAAAUACACGAACCUCGCCAGCCGAAUGGACCCAGGCUUGUCAGCGAACCAGACGAUUGCCGGGAAGCAACACACCCGAGCCAACGUCUUCCACACCGACCUCCGCUGGUUCGCAGGCGCAGCGGUGCUCGAGCUCCUCGCUAUCGUCGUGGUGCUUCCGCUCUUCUACGGCUUCUGGCGCUUCCCGAACGACUUGUCACAAUCGCCGUUUGAAAUGGCUCUGGCGUUCAACAGUCCGCUGGUAUCCGACGUGAAUUCAAGAGAGGGCGUUAAAGGCGUGCUCGCGAGACAUGGCGAUGUACGUGUCAGCUAUGGUCUUGUCAAGGGCGGCGACCGGGAUGUAGAGCGUCUGGGUUUUGCAGAGAGCGGCCAUGUUGUACGUCCGUGGUAG